AUGGCGGAACUGUACGAUCAAUCUCGAAACGACGCCUUGCAGCGUCUCAACCAAACACUUCUUCAGAUCGACCCCUACGAUCUUCCACCAUACCCCAACCUUUCCAUCGUCACAGGGCCCCUCGACCCACCGCUGGUCCAAUUAACACUGUCUCAACUACUCCAACAACAAGCCGCACAUUACGCCAGUAACGAAGCUGUCGUCAUACCAUGGACUGGUGCACGCUGGACGUACCAGAAACUAUGGGCAGAAUCGAGCUUGUUGGCCAGAGCAUUGUUGAAAGAAGGGGUUCGACCAAGAGAUAGGAUAGGCAUCAUGAGCGGAAAUUGUGAAAAGUACAUUGCAUUAUUCUUUGCCUGUGCAAGAGUUGGUGCGAUAUGCGUCACUCUCAACAAUACCUAUACUGCAACGGAGAUGGAGUUUGCUUUGAAGCAUACAAAGUGUAGAUUUCUAUUUACCACGCCUAACAUUGCCCGAUUCGACAACAUCCCGUUACUGGAAAGACUGAGUCAAAAAGAUGUGGCAUCAGUACUUCCGGAUCUCAAGACCGUAUGUUUGAUACGAGGUCAACACGACUCCUUUACUACUUACUCUUCCUUCAUCGACAACGCUCAAUAUAUUCCUGAGCAUAUCCUUGACAUCUUUGACGGCAUAAUAAGUCCUCACGACGUAGCAAACCUCCAGUUCACAAGUGGAAGCACAGGCAAGCCAAAAGCAGCCAUGUUAACACACUACAACCUCAUCAACAACUCCCGCUUCAUCGGCGACCGCAUGCAACUCAGCCCCUCCGACACCCUCUGCUGCCCACCCCCCCUCUUCCACUGCUUCGGCCUUACCCUCGGCGUCCUCGCCGUCCUAACCCACGGCUCCACCAUUGUCUUCCCAGCCGAAGCCUUCGACCCCGCCGCCUGCAUGCGCGCCAUCUCCACCGAGAACUGCACCGCGCUGCACGGCGUCCCCGCGAUGAUGGAAUCCAUAAUGAACGUCCCGCGCCCCGCGGGCUGGCAAAGCAAGCUUCGAACUGGCAUCGUAGCCGGCAGCCCCGUCCCCAAAUGGCUCAUGGAGCGUAUGGUGGCCGAACUCGGUAUGACGGACUUCACCUCGUCGUACGGGCUCACCGAGGCGAGUCCAACCGUGUUCAACGCACAUACGACGGAUUCGCUGCAUGCACGCUUGACGACUGUCGGUACCGUGCUGCCACAUGCUAAAGUCAAGAUCGUCGACCGCAACGAUCGCGUUGUGCCCAUUGGCGUUAGAGGCGAGCUUUGCGUGGCGGGAUAUCAGGUUUGCCGCGGCUACUGGGAGAACCCGGAGAAGACGGCUGAGCUUAUCAUCAACGAUGAGUAUGGGGAGCCGUGGCUGCAUACUGGUGAUGAGGCCGUGUUGGACGUAGAUGGGUAUUGUACUAUUACUGGGCGGUUCAAGGAUAUCAUUAUCAGAGGAGGUGAAAAUAUAUAUCCUCUUGAGAUAGAAGAGCGGCUUGUUGAACACCCAGCUAUCGCACGCGCGAUUGUCGUGGGCGUCUCGCAUCCGCGCCUUGUGGAAGUUCCUGUGGCGUUUUUGCUUCACGAGACAGAUAAGCCAAAGCCUGAUCUAGCUGAGAUACAGGGCUGGGUCAGGAAGGUCUUGGGUAGGCACAAGGCGCCAGUGCAUAUCUUCUGGUUGGGAGAGGACUGCGAUGCGGAGGUUCCGCUGACGGGCAGUGGCAAGAUUAGGAAGUUUGUGCUGAGAGAUGUUGCUGAAAAUUUGUUAAAGGAGAGGUAGAUGCUCGUUUUGGUGCAUGUAGCGAUGCAUUCUAACUUGAAAUUGGAUUUGGUCUCAGAUUAGCGGCUUAGGAAUGUCAUGCUGGUUUG